AGCAAAGCACCAGGAAGAACCAUCCCCCCAUCAGUUCAGUUGUUUCACCACUGAAAGUCCAGUACUACACACAAGCAAUCAAUCACAAAUCAGCCUCAGUUCGACCACUUUCCACCAGACCAGCAAGAGGCGAUGGCCGGUGCAGCGAAGGCGUCUUGGAUGGUGGCCAUGAGCGUGGGCGCGGUGGAGGCGCUCAAGGACCAGGCGGGACUCUGCCGGUGGAACUACGCUCUGCGGUCCAUCCACCGGGCAGCCAAGGCCAAAUCCAACAUCCACGCCGGCGUCUCGCAGGGCAAGAAGCAGCUUCCGGCCUCGGCGGCGGCCGUGCCGGAGAGGCGGCGAGCGGAGAAGGCCGAGGAGGGGCUGAGGACGGUAAUGUACCUCAGCUGCUGGGGACCAAACUAGUAGUACUAGCUAGCUGCUAGCGGUGUGUUUGUUGCAGCAAGCAACCAUGGCCUGGGAUCUGGCUGGUUGCAUCUGAUUUGUACAUACGUGUCCCCAGGAUGAUGAUGAAAAUUUCAAGUUUAUACCA